AUGGACAAAGGAGGGCUUAGUACGGUGGCCAGUGGCAUUGGCAAACCCCUUUUUCCAGAUGCAAUUACGAGAGCAUGCACGAGAUUGGACUUCGCUCGUGUAUGCGUAAUGUUGGAUGUGAGCUCGACAUUACUGAAACAUAUUAUCAUCAUGACACCUGAUGAGGAAGGAGGCGAGAUACCAUGCAAAAUUGAUGUGGAAUACGAGUGGUUACCUCACAAAUGCACCAAUUGUAUGACGCUAGGACACUUGGCCAAAGAUUGUACACUCAACAAAUCAUCCAAACCUGUAAAGCCUCCGAUUUCAGUGUACAUUCCUAAAAUGGGACCACCACAACCACCUCCUCUCCCACCAGCUCGAGAGGUUGAAAACCAAAGAAAGAACCGUGAAUCUCCUAUAGUUGCUACAGGCCCACGGCAUGAGGAGAGGGGUAAGGCAAUCAUCACCUAUAACCCUUUUGAUGCCUUAAAUCAACUGCCAGAUAUAGGUGAAUUGAGCAGGGGUCCUAAGCAAUGCAGCCCCAUACCUGGUGACCCAUGUUGA